CCAGCAGUGCUCCAUGCAAGCUGCGCUUGCUUCCUCCUGUAACUUCCAGCCUGCACGUGGCAACCUGGGUUUCCCAGGUUUACAUUUCAUGGACUGUGAUAUGACAAAGUCCAGAACAAUUUACUGAGUCGACCAAUGCAUUGAUGUUCUUCUUAUGGUGUAGGCUCCUCUGCUCUGAAGCUGCUGACUCCUUUUGCCCUCUGCUGUGGUUUUUUAGUUGUGGGUCUUGUUGUGCAGAGGGAUGCUGUGGUGAGAACACGGGGCUCAGGAUGAAACACCAAAGUGGGACAGGGGAAGAAGAAUUGCAGUGAACUUUAAAGCUCGACUUUGAUUUGCUAAUUUCUGAAAAAAAGUAGCCUUGUGGUCUGGCCCUUGGUUUCUCAAAUUAAAGUAGCCGCUAGGUGGUAAACUUGCUCCUUCCCCACAGGAAGAAUGACUCACGGAAACAGCUGAUCAGAAUUACUCCAUGCUCUUUUUAAAGAGCAUAAUGUCUUUGUGCUGGUGGUGGAGCUGGAGCCAAGCCUUGUAUCAGAUGAGGAGGAAAUAGUGUUUUGGAAACUUUUAGCAUGUUCCAAUUUCGAAAGCCUCAGGUUUGCAUUCCUGAAGAGCUGCUCCAGGCCCCCUGCUUAGCUUAGCAGCCCUUCUGUAUCUCUGCGCUGGUGUGUGUGGGAAAGGAAGGGGAAAUAGUUUCAGAGCUGAGAGCGCACCAAGACGGGGUCUGACAAGGAGGAGAACCUGUCUGCAGGAUACAGGAGAUGGUGUCAAAGCAUGAAAUGGGGAGAAAAGCCUGCAAUAUCUGGUGCUGAUUUAAGUGUUGCAAGCGACGGAGCCAACAUCGUAACAGAGACUAGGGGCGGGUUUUUUCAACCAGGAUGGCAAUGGGGUACUCUGGGCUUCCUGAUUGCUGUCACUGAGUCACGUCCAGGCAUCACAGGGCUGGCUUCUUCGGGUUCUGUUUCAUUGCUUCCCUUUGCCUUAUUGAGAUGGAAAAAAAUGCCAGGCUGAUAAAAAGUAGAAGAGGUUAACGGCAGCAUCUCCAGAAGGAUGGCUUGGUACCCACUGGAGCGCUGGGAGCACCUGCAGCCCUUUGGUUUGGAAGCUCUGGCCAUGGAUCAGAAAGGCUAUCGACGAGGGAGUUUCCAAAGCAGCACUAGUGAUGAAGAUAUGCUAGAAAUAGCUGGAGCAUCUCUGGACUUCUCUAUGGCAGAUGAUGAUCCACCACUUGAAAGAGAGAUGGGAGGCUUUACCUCAUAUAAUGGAGGAGGGAUGAACGGUGCAAGCAAAAUGAUGGAUUUUCUGGAGGAACCACUUCCCGGUGUGGGGACCUAUGAAGAUUUUAACACUAUAGAUUGGGUGCGAGAGAAGUCCAGGGACCGGGACAGGCACAGAGAGAUUACCAGCAAAAGUAAAGAGUCAACGUGGGCCCUGAUACACAGCGUGAGCGAUGCCUUUUCUGGCUGGUUGUUGAUGCUGUUCGUUGGGUUGUUGGCAGGUUCCUUAGCAGGUCUAAUAGACAUUUCUGCCCACUGGAUGACAGACUUGAAAGAAGGAGUGUGUUUAGCAGGCUUCUGGUUUAACCACGAGCACUGCUGCUGGAAGUCCAACACAACCUUUACAGACAGAGACAAGUGUCCUGAGUGGAUGAGCUGGUCGCAGCUUAUUAUUGGCCAUGGAGAGGGGGCUUUUGCAUAUAUUCUCAACUACUUCAUGUAUGUUAUCUGGGCUUUGUUAUUCUCCCUUCUUGCUGUGUUACUUGUGAAGGGCUUUGCUCCUUAUGCCUGUGGCUCAGGAAUCCCAGAGAUCAAAACUAUCUUAAGUGGUUUCAUCAUUAGAGGCUACCUGGGCAAGUGGACGCUGAUCAUCAAAACCAUUACCUUAGUGUUGGCGGUGUCCUCUGGCCUCAGCCUGGGAAAAGAGGGCCCCCUGGUGCACGUUGCCUGCUGCUGUGGAAACAUCCUGUGCCAUCUCUUCACCAAAUACAGGAAGAAUGAAGCAAAGCGAAGAGAGGUUUUAUCAGCAGCUGCAGCUGCUGGUGUGUCUGUAGCUUUUGGUGCACCGAUUGGAGGAGUGCUCUUUAGUCUGGAAGAGGUCAGUUACUAUUUUCCUCUCAAGACACUGUGGCGUUCCUUCUUUGCUGCUCUGGUAGCUGCAUUUACUCUGCGCUCCAUCAAUCCUUUUGGGAACAGCCGCCUGGUUCUCUUCUACGUGGAGUUCCACAUGCCAUGGCAUCUUCUGGAGCUUGUGCCGUUCAUCCUUUUGGGAAUUUUUGGUGGGCUUUGGGGAGCUUUCUUCAUUCGCAGCAACAUUGCCUGGUGCAGGCGACGCAAGACAACCAAGCUUGGUAAAUACCCUGUGCUCGAGGUGUUUGUAGUGACUGCCAUCACAGCCAUCCUGGCCUUCCCGAAUGAGUACACCAGAAUGAGCACCAGUGAACUGAUCUCUGAACUCUUCAAUGACUGUGGGAUUUUGGACUCUUCCAAGCUCUGCGAGUACGUGAAUGAUUUCAACAGCACCAAAGGGGAUGACCUGCCAGACCGAGCUGCUGGCCCGGGAGUUUACACAGCCAUGUGGCAGCUAGCUUUGGCCCUUAUAAUGAAAGUCUUCAUCACAAUCUUCACCUUUGGCAUGAAGGUCCCCUCGGGUCUCUUCAUCCCAAGCAUGGCAGUUGGUGCUAUAGCAGGCAGGUUGCUAGGGGUAGCAAUGGAGCAGUUGGCAUUUUAUCACCAUGACUGGAUCAUCUUCAGUGGCUGGUGCAGUCAAGGAGCUGACUGUAUCACUCCUGGCCUGUAUGCAAUGGUUGGGGCUGCAGCAUGUCUAGGUGGAGUGACCCGAAUGACUGUGUCACUAGUAGUCAUUAUGUUUGAGCUCACUGGAGGACUGGAAUACAUAGUUCCUCUGAUGGCAGCAGCCAUGACCAGCAAGUGGGUGGCAGAUGCUAUUGGGCGGGAGGGCAUUUACGACGCCCAUAUACGCCUCAAUGGCUAUCCUUUCCUGGAAGCCAAGGAAGAGUUCUCACACAAGACUCUUGCAAUGGAUGUAAUGAGGCCACGGAGGAAUGAUCCUCCUCUGACUGUCAUCACUCAGGACAGCAUGACAGUAGAAGACAUUGAGACCAUAAUCAAUGAAACCACAUACAGUGGCUAUCCAGUGGUGGUGUCACGGGAGUCCCAAAGGCUUGUUGGAUUUGUCCUCAGGAGAGACCUCAUCAUUUCAAUUGAAAAUGCCCGGAAGAAGCAGGAUGGAAUUGUUAGCACUUCAAUUAUUUAUUUCACUGACCACUCUCCUCCACUGCCUCCAAGCUCCCCCUCUAUGCUGAAACUCAGGAGCAUCCUGGACCUCAGUCCUUUCACAGUGACAGACCAAACACCUAUGGAAAUUGUCGUGGAUAUAUUUCGCAAGCUUGGAUUGCGCCAGUGCCUCGUUACUCACAAUGGGAAACUACUUGGGAUCAUUACCAAGAAGGAUGUACUAAAGCACAUUGCACAGCUGGCUAACCAGGACCCAGAUUCUAUACUCUUCAAUUAAAGGCAGACUAGUAGGUAUUGUGUGUUAAACACAAAAGAUACUUUGUAGAAGAUUCUGGAUAUUCUUUCUUAUUUUUAUUGAGACCUUGGAACUAUUUUCAGCAUUUCCUUCCAUGGAGCUGAAGAUUUUUUUUUUUUUUCUACAUGAUAACCAAUUGCACUACGUAGUCUGUGGAAAAAUAAUCUUCUUUUUAGAAGAAAAAAAGACUAUUUACAUUGCUUUUGUGAAGUUGCAUUGGAAAGAUUCCAUGAAGGAGUAAAAGCAAAGUGCUACAGAAUUAUAUAUCUUCUUAUUAUUUUAUUUGAACUCUUGUUACUAAUGUGGAUAGGGGAAGACAAGGUUUAUACCUUCAGGAACUUUGAAGGAGGAUGAUUUUGCACACAGUAUUCAGGUGGUGGCAGAACGAUACAGUUGUAACUCAGGGGCAGUGUAUUCCCAAUUAGUUACUUAGUGAAAAUAAGAACCUGGUAAAAUAAAAGAAAGAACAAGAACACCCAAACAAACAAAAAGUGCUGAAAAACACCCUUGUAAAAUGAUCAGGUGGCUCUGUAACUAACCCCACACAAGAGCUUCACUCCUCAGUAAUCUCUGUUGGCUUACUGAUGAUAUUUUGCUGAAAGAGGGGAAAAAAAAAAAAAUCUCCAGGUGACCAAUCUUCUUGAAAUUGGGUUUGGUUUCUGAUUGGGAAGAAGUUUGUUUUGAUUAAUCUUCUGUGAAUGUAUUUAAUUAUUCUCUGAUGCUGGCUUGCUAGGAGAAUCCAGAGAAGGAGGCGGCAGGAGGAGUUAGUAGUUGUAUUCUUGUCAUCAUCUCUAUUUUGAUAUAUGCCUAAGGAUUUCUUCUUGAUUUCUCUUGAGCAUGUAAUUAAAAUUGCAAAGACUGAAUCCUAAAGCCCUGGCUUUACUGCACUUCCAAGUAAACUUUGAUCAUAUUAGAUGUUGCACAAUUGACCUCUUCCUUAAUCAGCAGUGUCUUAUGUUGCUGAGGAUGUCUUAAUGGAGACUCCUGGGCCUGGGAUGUUUACGUGGAUGCAUUUUCUGUUCCCUGCUCCUCUCCUCAGCCCCGCACCAAACUCAGGCUUGGAUCCUGGCUCUAGGAUGGAGAACACUGCCACUUUAUGUAUGUUCACCGCUCGGUGUCUCAUUUUACCAACAACUAUGCAAUAAAAACCUUUCCUGACCACUAUCAGCAA